GGGAGCAAGGUGAAUCAGGACGCGUACCUCGCGCAGCCGGAGUUCUUGGGCCAGCGCGGGGGUCUGUUCGCGGUGUUCGACGGGCACGGGCCGCAGGGGCACCUCGUGAGCGGGCUCGCACGAGCGCGCGUCCCCGCGCUCGUGCACGCGGACCGAAAAGGCCAUCUCAAAAACGGCGACGCCGCGAGCGCGCUGCGCGAGGCGUUCGUAGAGACGGACGCGGAGCUGAAGCGCGCCAAGGGCGUGAUCGACGUCUCCAUGAGCGGCUCCACCGCGGUCGCGUGUCUCCUACGAGACGACCAGCUCACGACCGCGUGGGCGGGGGACUCGCGCGCGGUCCUCGGGCGAUGGGUCGACGACGAGGAAACCGUCGAGGCGGUGUCGCUGACGACGGAUCACAAACCCGACGACGCGAAGGAGCGCUCGCGGAUCGAGCGCGCGGGCGGGCGCGUCAUGAAGCUUCAAGACCGCGGCGUGGACGUCGGACCGUACCGCGUGUGGGUCGAGAACGAGAUGACCCCGGGACUGGCGAUGAGCCGAGCGUUGGGCGACUCCGUGGCGGCCGCCGUCGGCGUCGUCGCCGAGCCGGACACGCGCGCGCACGCGUUCAGUGAGGACGAUCGGUUCCUCAUCGUCGCGAGCGACGGGCUGUGGGAGUUUGUCACGAACGAGGAGGCGGUGGAGCGGGCGAGCCAGUGCGACGCCCCGGACGACGCGGCGCAGGCGCUGGUGAAGAUGGCGAGCGAGCGGUGGAAAAAGUUUGAAGGCGGCGUCGCGGACGACAUCACCGUCGUC